UAAUAUGGUCUCUCCUUCUCCACAUCUUCUCCAUCUCUCUUCUUCUUCUUCUUCUUCUUCUUCUUCUUCUUCUACUACUUCUCUCAAUUCUCAAUCUCAAGGUCCAGAUCAAGAGAAGCUUACAAUGGUGGACUGUGAGAAAUGACGAACAACAAGCGUCGUAGCAGGUUAUGUCUUUUCCAUGGCCUGUCAUCACCACUUCUUUUCACUCUCUCCGCAUUUAAGCUUCCCCUCUCACAAGAACGCACAUUUCAAGUCGUCUUUCAGAGUUGGGCCUCUUUACUGCUCCUCUAUUACCACCAAUACUCUUGUUUCUGAGGCCGUAAGGCUUCUGGGUCCUCCAGCAAAUUUUGAGGCUUCAAAGCUGGAGGUUGUUUUCUUGGGAGAGGGGUUGAAGAAAUAUUCCACUAUUAUCCCGAGAGUGUACAUCCUUUCACAUUGUGACUUCACAGCUAACUUGACAUUGACAAUCUCCAAUGUGAUCAACAUUGAUCAGUUAACAGGUUGGUACAAGAAGGAUGACGUGGUUGCUGAGUGGAAGAAAGUGAAAGAAAAUAUGUGCUUGCAUAUCCACUGCUAUGUAAGUGGCCCAAAUAGUCUGCUUGAUCUAGCUGCUGAGUUCAGAUAUCAUAUAUUCUCCAAGGAAUUGCCUUUGGUACUAAAAGCUGUGCUACAUGGAGAUUCAGUACUCUUCAGAGACCAUCCUGAGUUAGUGGAUUCUUAUGUUUGGGUUUACUUUCAUUCUAGCUCACCUAAGUACAAUCGCAUGGAAUGUUGGGGACCACUAAAGGAUGCUGUAAAGGGAAGAUGGGAAUAUCAGGUUCAGGAUUUUUUCACUGUAAAUGAGGAUGGUUCACGUCCUCCGCAGAGAUGGAGAAGACCAAAAUCCCUUUUCCAAGCUCUUUUCUCAUUUCUUCUUUAAACAUAUGUUGGCUUUUGGAAGCCCAACUUGUUGAAGGAGGCAGUUCCCAUUCAGACUCUUAAUUUUCUGCUUCAAUGGAUGUGAAGAUGAUUGUUGAAGUCACAGGGCUGGAAUUGGCAUGGCAGAGAGCAGUUACUAGCAGGAAGAACACGGGUGAUCGAUUCCCUCCCAUUAGAGGAAACAUCAAACGAAAGAUCUUCACCAUUUUCUGCGAAAAAUUGAGGUCCUCAAGAGAUAAUUCACAGGGACUAGAGGCAGGUUGCCAGCCAGCACCAAUGCUGAAUCUGUUCGUGUUAGCCCCCUUCUUCCACCCCCACAUUCGUCCAAGAGGCCGGUAAGUAGUGAUGCUGGUGUAAUUGACUAUCUCAGUGGAGAUGCUUACAAGUGUGAAAGGGUCACCCGAACCAGAGCAUUCAUCUUUUGCAAUUCCCAACUCUCCAUCGAGACCGCCUUCGCAUGCCACCAACUCUUCUUCACCGCCAAUGUUUAGUGGGACAGCCUGUAUAUGAUGAGCCGUCUCCCUUGA